AUGAAUCCACACCUCCAGGAGAGAAGUCUGAGCAGAAUAACGUUUCGGCCAUCGAUGAAUGAUGUCUUGUUAAAGCCAAGCUUAUCAGGAUUGUGCCAAUCAGAAAAAGAAGCCUAUCAGUUAAUUCUGGAUUCUAUGGAGCCAGGGCAGAUGUCCCAAUUAGACAAGCUCAGUUUCCUGAAUGCUGUGGCAACGCUGAGCAGCGUUGUGCGUUACCAGGCAAAUGGCAACAUGAAUAACUACUAUCCUAAAACCCUUCUGGCCAAGAAAAUUGAGACAUUCAUCCUGGAAGAACCCACUGAGAUCUUGGACAGUAGUGUGCGUCAGCAAGCCAUGCUCUGCAUCGUGGCCCUGAGUCAGGUGAAGCCAUCUUUCCACUUAUGCCAGAAGCUGGAUCUGGUCAACGUUAGCAUCACCAGCACGUUCUCCCUGCCUCUCAUCAUGCCCAGUCUAGAUCGAAAGGAGAGCGCUAGUCUCUAUCUCCAGACGAUCCAGGCCUUGGAUGACAUGCUCCAAGCUCUUGUGAUGGAAGACAUGAGACCCAACAUGGUUAUACUGCAAAGCUUUGUGGAGAUCAUCUUACCUUGGUUAAUUCUGUCAGACAAAGUGCACCAGCAGUUUCGAGCCUUGGCCACUAUUUCCCGAUUGCUGAGGUUUAUUUGUAAUUUCUCUGAACUGUCACACAUGGCAUCGUUCUCCAUAACUGGGAAGCUGAUUGGCACCUUCAGCAUCUUCUGCCUGAAUCGCAGCCAAGACAUCUGCACUGGCGCAUUAGAGGCCCUGCACUAUCUGUUCAUCAUCCUCGUGCUGCAGAGAAGUAUCAGACCGAAGAGAGAGGCCAUCCUGAAGGACUUACAGAAACGCUUCCGUGGAAACUGGCUGUCCAACAUGCAGAGUCUCACACUGUUCUUCAGGAAAUACCUGACCCCUGGAGAGAGAGCCGAUGUGAUUUUGGUGGCCAUGGAGUCCAUGAUCAAUGGCAGCACGAAUGAUGUCUUUGCAGCCUCCAAGAUGCUAAAGAUGAUCCUGAGGUACUCUGUUACAGAAGUUGCCAAGGUUCCAGAAAUCAUCAGGUUAAUUUACUACCACAUAGACAGAAUCACCGAGAGAACUGCCCAGAAUACCAUAAAGAAGGUCUUCCAAUUGCUGGUCCAAUCCCACACAGAUGAGGUUAUCCUGACGCUGUUUAAAAUAAAGGACCAAACACAAAGAGUGACACACACAUCCUGGGAAAUCCUGGCUACCUUUCCGAAAGCCUACCAAGUGAUCAUGGAGUAUCUACUGCAGAGGAUAAUUUCACCCCAGGCACCCAAGGAUCAGGAGGCUGACCAUGAAACUGAACUCUCAACACUGAUUGCCACCAGGGCCAUCCACGAGCUGCUGCUGGUACCGAGUCAGCAGUUCGAGGUGCAGACCUUCUUUGCCUCCCUGUUCGUGGCACUGCUUUUCCAAAUCUCUUCCCUGGUGACUAAAGGGAGCACCGUGGCCCAGGACGAGCUGACUGAAACCAAAUCCAUGGACACCGUGAGCUCUUCUAUAGAGGCACUGAAGACCUUAAUGCGCAGCUCGGGGUACAUAGACCACAUGUCUUAUAUUCAGACACUCGGGGGCUGGGAGCUGCUUGUCAGCCCUGAAAGACAUUAUGAAGGAGUCACUCUGCUGGCCAGAUCGCUGGUUGUCAAGAACUGCUGGCACAAUCGCCCUGUCUUCAGCUUCUUCAUUAAGACCCUCCAGAGCCCAGGCUGUACUAAUUACUUCACAGCCCUGGUGUUCCUGACAGAGCUGCUCUGCUGUCCAGAUGUGGCAGGUGUUGUAGAUGAGGUCUCCACCAAGAUUCUGACAGACUGGUUCAACUGUGACGAGUUAGACACGGCGCAUCUAUUCCUGCAGAUCACGGAAGUCUUUGCAAAGCACAAAAACACGAUAAAGCUCCUCAACAUCCUGCAGCCCUUUGUGCUGAGCUGCUGCUACUCCUUCAGCAGCGACCUGGUGAUGGAGACCUUCCGAAUGCUGCAGCGCAUCCUCAAGGACCUCACCUGGUAUCACUCCUCCUCCUUCAUCAUUAAGCUGACCUUCACUCUGGUGCACUUCUUCGAGGAGGAGUCAGAGGAGCUGCGCCUGAUCACCUUCGAGAUCUACGCAAGUAUCCUGGCUAAGGUCUCGAGGAUGACCCUGGUCUUCCCCUUGAGGCACCAGAUCCUCAGCUUGCUAAUCCUCCUUGUGUUACACCUGAAGGAUGUAAAUGCCGCCGUGGUGGAGGUCUGUAGGCGCAGCCUCUGCCACAUAGCUACCAUCCUACGCUGGUCUAAAUUCAAAGCAGUCUUCGCCAAGAGUGACGUAUUUACCAUCCUCAGUGCCCUGUUGAAGCAGGAAAGGAGCAAGGCACUCUGGUUUCUGAAGCAGAGUGUGGCCCUCUUUAAGAGUCCGCAGGACCCCAUCCGCCAAGUGGCUGUGUGGUUUGCAGGUCAGGUCAUCCGGGACCUUGAUAAGGCUGAGGAACAGGAAAUUGAAGAGGAAUAUACAGCCUUCAGGUAUAUGCAGAGAGACCCUGACCCCACAGUCAGCUGCCUCAUCGUGCAGACUUUCUACAUCCUAGAAGCCAAGGAGAAAGUGAUGCCGGCUAAGACCCCUUCCUCCUUCCUCUGCGUGAGGAGGAUCAAAAGGAGGUACUGCUGA